AGGAGGCCGGGCCCUGCCUUCCGUGCCUGCCACCUGGUCCCCUGCCUCAGGGCCCCUCGUCCUUGUCAUCCUCCUCUCUGUCCUCUUUUCUUUGCCUCAUUCUUCGCCUCCCUCCUAAGCAGUGACCGGCUCCCCCAGGCCCAGACGCGGCCCUCGCGGCCCCAGAGGCGACCAUGCACUGCGGCUGCGGGGCCCAGGGCGUCCCUGUCGCGGGCAGCUCCUGGAUCUCAGGCUUGGCCUUCCCGGACUGGGCCUACAAAGCCGAGUCGUCCCCAGGCUCCCGGCAGAUCCAGCUGUGGCACUUCAUCCUGGAGCUGCUGCAGAAGGAAGAGUUCCGCCAUGUCAUCGCCUGGCAGCAGGGGGAGUACGGCGAGUUUGUCAUCAAGGACCCGGACGAGGUGGCCCGCCUCUGGGGCCGCAGGAAGUGCAAGCCACAGAUGAAUUACGACAAGCUGAGCCGGGCCCUCAGGUAUUACUACAACAAGAGGAUCCUGCACAAGACCAAAGGCAAAAGGUUCACGUACAAGUUCAACUUCAGCAAGCUGAUUGUCGUCAACUACCCUCUGUGGGAGGUGCGGGCACCACCUUGCCCCCUGCUGCUGGGGGCCCCUGCCCUGUUUCGGCCAGCCCUGGUGCCCAUGGGCACGCACGGCGAGCUCCUGCACAGCGCGCUGCUCGCCCGUUGGGCCACAGUGGAGCAGCUGGCCGGGCAGCGGACCCCCCGAGGGCCGCCAGAGGCCUCUGAGGAUAAGAAGGGGAGCGGCAGCAGUGCCCCCCGCCUUGGCUCUUUCCCAGCCCCCUGCCAGCUUGGCCCUUGCUGCCUUCUGGGGAGCCCCCGAGAGGAGCUGCUGGGUCUGGCCUCCUCGGCCCCUCCUCUCCUGCCUUCCCUCCCUUCCGACUGGACCCGCCUCUCAGGGCCCUUCCUGCCCCCUGUCCCCCCAGAGCGGCUGAUCCCGGGGACCUCCAAGCCAGACACCCUGCUGCCGGGGCCCGGCUGCCCCCCAGCGACCCACCACUUUCCGGGGCUCCCCCUGUUGGCUGGGCUGGGACAGGGGGCCGGCGAGAGGAUCCGGCUUUUGCCCCUGAGGCCCCCGGGGCUGGAGGUAAAGCCCUAUCCCAUGAUGGGGGCAAAGGGACGCCCGGACCCCAGGGAGGGCUUCUCCUCAGAGAUACACAGACCCAAAGCCGGGGACGAAAGCCCCGUGUCCCCCCAUCUGGAGAACUUCAAGGCAGUGUGGCCCUUGGAUCCUCCUUAACUGGGGAGAAGAGGG